AUGUGGCAUACAUUCGUGCUUUUCGCACUGUUCGCCUCGGCCCAAGGACGAGCGGUGAACAUAAGCAACACAUGGGUGCUGCCUGAGGAAGGGUUCCCGGUCUUCUACCGCUACUUCAGGGACCGCAUCUCCUGGUACGAGGCCGACGCUGUUUGCCAGUUCCACCAUGCAAACCUCGUCACUGUGGACACGACCGCCCAAUACGACGCAGUACGGGCGUACCUCAAGGAAUUGGACAUCUCUAGUGCGGUGUGGGUCGGCCUCAUCCGCAGUAAUCCCGACGGGGACUUCACUUGGACGGAUUACCGUGGCUUAAGCGGUGAUGGCUACUGGAGCUCCGCACCUGAUGCCCGGGCCGCCCCACUGUGCGCGGCUGCUGACCCGGCCGCUGACUACCGCUGGGAAGCGAGGGCUUGUGGCGGACCAACAGUGGCCUCCUUUAUCUGUGAACUACCAGUUCCUCAAUGGGCGCUUGGAAAUGAAGGAUGCAUGGUACGAGCACUUCCCGCGCUCACCGUCUUGUACUUGCCGGAGAGUGCGGCAGUCCAACUCACCGCCGACUGCGGGCUCGCUGGCGUGAAACGCGUGCAAUGCACAGGGAGUGUGAAGCGUGAAAACCUGCUGAAAGAAUUAUCUUGUAAUGAAGAAGAGGACGUGUCCAGCACCUCUGGUGUGCUUUCUACAACCGCCAUAUAUUCAGUAGUAACAACUGAUGCACCGGCUUCACAGGAAACUGUUAGUGAAAUAACUAUAGAUGAAAAUGCCACAACGGAACAUGAAGACGAUAUUAACCAAACUAAUUUUAUCAAAUCAACGUCUGUGCCAAAUGUACUAAAAACGCUGAUGCAAGAUAAUUCUUUGCUACGCCCAUCUUAUAAAACCCAAAAUAAAGGUAUAAUGAAUAAAAACAUAAAUGUGAAUAUAAUUCAUAAUAAUAAUUUACAAAGUAACGAAAUACCUAAAAUUGCAAAUAUAGAAAAUUUCUUGAAUAGCCAGCACUUAGAUAAAUUAGAAGAUGAAAAGAAUAUGCAACAUAAGAUGUUGCAUGACGAGCUGGCAAGGCUGGGCAACGUUGAAACUAUAUUCACGCUACCCACUGAUCAUUUUGUUCCACCAUUAGUAAUGGCUAGAUCAAAAUUAGGUGAUGAUAUGACUGUAUUAUCAUUAGAAGAAAAACAUGCACAACAGCUAGCUGAACAAGAAAAACUAAAAAUACAUCACGAAGGAUAUCUUAAUUCUUAUGUAAAAAAUAAUGACUAUUUAAAAACAACCACUGAAAAUUUAAGAUCAAUCACAACUAGUACUGAUAAACCUUCACUUACAACAACACAAAAAAUUGAAAAUAAAGAUGUUCUCAAAAAAGAUAAACCUAAAAAAUAUAAUGAUAAAAAGUUUGAUAUUAAAAAUAAAGUUUUAAAGUCUGAUAUUAAGAUGAUAAAACCUGACAAACCGACAGAAAAUACUCUUAUUGAACAUGUUACUCAUACAGGAGCUACUACUGAAGCUACUAUGAAGGUGACACCCUUAUUAGAGAAAGUUGAUCAGAAUAAAUCAGAAGAAGAGCCAACAAUUGAUUUGACCGUUAUCAUUAAAAAUAUAGAUUCGAAUAAAAACGAAUAUAAUUUUAAAGGAGACGUGCCUAAAAUUGAAGUCAUAGAAAAUGAUACUACUAUAUCCGACCCUGAAAUAAAAUUAGUUAAUACUGAUAACAACAACACUGGAGACCCACAUCAAGAAAUAUCAGUAAAAAUACCUGCCCAAAUGCAAAAUUUCACUUUCAGUCAUGAGGUCAUCAAAAUAACCAUAAUAAAUGAAGAAAGUUCAAGUGUAUCUCCUUCUGUAUUUGAAGUAACAACUAAAAUGCCAAUUUUUGAAUCUGAAAUGAUUACAGGAGAAACAAUUUCAACUGAAAAAGUGUUCGAAAAAAAUAUAGACCCUUCUUUUAUGACAAGCACGUCUCCAAAAGAUUUAUUUGAAACUACAACAAAAUUACCUAAAAACGAAACAGACCAGCUUCAAGAUGAUAUUACAACACCAACUAUUACUUCUCAAACAAACAUUGAAACUAAAUCCACCAGUGCUACAUUAGCAAAUGAAAAAGAUAUAAACACGACAGAAUCCGCAUAUUUAACAACUAGCUACCUAAAAUUAGACAAAAAUGCCAAGGAAGAUAAAAACACAACAACACCUGUUCCAAAUUUAACAACGAAAUUUACAAGCGAUUACACUUUUAUUGAUAGUGAUGAAUUCGAAAAAAACAACACUGAAACGUCAGAAACUAUUGAUGAUCUCAAUUCUCCUCUCUUGUCGGGAGCUAAUGAACCAAUACAUCGCCCAAAUCGUUCUAGAAGGCCACAGCAGACACAAAGUAGAAUAAACAAAUUUAAUCCAUUUCGAAUCUUAGGUUAA